UGACGCGCGGUCUCACGCGUGCACGCCGUGCACAUAUUCUCCCUCGGUGACAGGAUACCUGACGGAUAUUCCACAGUGUUGUUGCUCCGAGCUGACGAAGGACGUCGACGGAAUUCCGUAUCGCUGGAUUCUGGAUCCUACAAACGUGAAAUCGUUUUGUAACAUCAUAUCUUGUAAUAGGAAGCCUUCUGCGUCUUGCACGAAAAAAAUUAGCUUGUUUAAACUUCCACCUGCUUGAAUUCUGUGAGCCUUGUGGACGCUGAAAGACUUGUUACUUUUUCUGAGACUACAGUUUGUAAGCUGGUCGCAGUAUCUUGGAUAUGAAACGUAAAAAUAGCGAAAUAAAGGAAGACCUACACUCGAAGAGUGGAUGUCCGCGGAAGAAAUGCAAAGGAGAAUGAUAACGAUUAUAAUGCAUCGCAUCGUCAUGCAUGAAUAGUUAUUAUAGUGUUCAUAUUACCUUAUCGUAGAGGAGUUCGGCAUAUUGGAUGAACCAACGUUGUCAGGACAACAUUGUCGUACUGCAUCUUACGUGCAUAUUUUAUGUACAGCGAUAGAGAUAAUUUUUAAAAGGAUAUAACAUUGCUUAAGGAGUAGCUUUUUUAACAAAGAGUAAAUCAUUAUUUUUAAUAAUUAGAAGUAAACGUGUGAGAAUCAAAUCGUAUGUGCCCAAUAAGAAGAAGAUAAGUUAUAUUGACGAUUGCACAAAGAUCGGCUUUCCUAAAUAAUGCUCAAACAGCCGCACAUAAUCGGAAAUUAAAGAAGAGCCUCUUCUCUCUGAUACAAUUCAAGCGAAGGGAUAGAAGUAAUGCUUUGACUCUCUCUGAAGAGGAUGCGUAAGAACCGAGAAAGAUUAUGUCCUGUGAUUGUAGUAUCCCACAAGAUUCUUUAUGUUCGCUGCAUGCCAUGUGUGACUGAUAAACGACUAAGCUCGCGUACGCUUUUUUAUGGAGACGACGAUCUGCUGAUGUGAUUGUUUCCUUUGCGAGUACCUACUAACGCGCUACUUCCGAGAAGAUUGUGUGUCGUCCCGUGCGACUCGAGAAGCAAGCAAGAAGACUUUGUACCUGACACGGAGGGUACAACCGACGAAGUCCUAAUGCUGAAAGGAAGCUUGUCGCCGUAUCUCGACACUCACAAUGAAGAAGAGUCGUCAUAUGUAACGCUCAGCAAUGGGCCGUACGCGUAUGUAGCGGAUUCCAUGAGCACGGAACACAACUCGUAUAAUCACGUCCUCGUAGAUGCAUAUUUUGUAACGCCCAUUCUUUGCAAGCACUGUGAAGAUUAUAUCUGGGGGACCGGAAAAGUGGGAGUCAAAUGCAAAGAGUGCCACGCGUGCUUCCACAUCGUGUGCUCGGACUACAGCGGCCAGCACCUGUGCCAAUGGACUACCAAGGGUCACGCGCUACCGGGCCAGGUUCACGACAAGGACAAGGUCA